AUGGUUGGAAUGAAACCCACAGAUCUGGCGCCAACAAUGGCUGUCAAGUUUGUUGGUGCAGGCACAGCAGGCUGCAUCGCUGACCUUGUGACCUUCCCCUUGGCUACGGCCAAAGUCAGACUACAGGUAAGGGGAGAGGAUGGAUGAGAGGCUAGGUGGCCUUGGUUAAAACUGAUCAUUAGAUCUGCACAAAUCAAUUCAAAUGUAGAUUGAAUAUGAGUAAGCGCAAUUCGUGGUGAACAUCCCCCAGUCAGGUGUCAGCAUCUACUUUGUAUUCCAGAUUCAAGGGGAGGCUCAGUUGGGGCAUGGGGCCCAGGCUGUGAGGUAUCAGUAAUGUAAAUGUAUCGGGCGUGUUUGGUACCAUCACCACCAUGGUGUGUAUGGAAGGGGCCCGUAGCCUCUACAACGGGCUGGGGGCUGGGCUUCAUAGGCAGAUGAGCUUCGCAUCCGUCUGUAUCGGCCUCUACGACUCCAUGAAGCAGUUCUACACUCGUGGCUCUCAUUUAUAACCUUAUAACCUCACUUGUGUUGACCUCUAACAUACACUUCAUUUAUUGGGGACCCAUAACUGACUGUGCACACCUCUCUUCAGGCGCUAGAAUCAUUACUCGGCUCAUGGCAGGCUGCACCACUGGAGCAAUGGCUGUGAUGUUUGCUCAGCCCACAGACGUGGUCAAGGUGCGUUUCCAGGCUCAAGUAUGUCUGGCUGACGGGGUAAAGAGAUACAACGGCACCAUGGAUGCCUACCGGACCAUCACCCGAGAUGAAGGGGUGCGGGUCCUUUGGAAA